AUGCCGAAGCGCAAGGAAUCUCGCAAUUUAAGUCGCAGCCCGCCAAGCACAAGCACAACCAUGGCAACUGCUGUUGCACGCCCAAUGACGCCAACCAGCGCCGUGCAAAUACCCGUUAAGAAUAAGCACGACGGAGUACACAUACACAAUCACAGCACAAGACACCAUGCAGAUGCUCAACGCCGACCGUCUGGCGGCAGCCAGCGCCGGAAGGACAUGCAUACACCUGAAUCUCUUCCACCAUCCGUUGCGGCACUGCUCGCCGUAACCAGUAUUCCUCCGCCAAAUAGGCGAGGUAGUGUACGGCAAAAGCGCAUGACAGUUGAUUCUAUUGUACCGCGCUCGCAGGUUUCCGAGAAAGAAUUGAGUCACGAACUUAGUCUGACUUCAUCUUUCAGUCGAAGCCCUAUGGAUGUACUGUUGACACCACCUGAGGAACUCUUGGACGAAGAUACCGUUUCAGUCACUAGCGAUAGUUGUUUCACACCCGCGUUGUCUACCCGCGCGGAAUCGCUGGACAGCCUCCCAUCGCUAGGUGACUCGUUUGGUACUACCAUUCUAUCCGUUGACAGCCCCUACACGCCCAAGGGUAGGAAGUUCCGGCCGCCUAGGAGAUCUUUGGAACCAAUUUCCUCGCCUCCUGGCGGAGAAGCUGAAGAGCAUCCCUUGUGGGUGAAUCCAGACAUCAAUAUCGACGAUUUGGACUUCGAGGCACUUAUGCCGCAAGUAGUCGAAGCGGACAACAAGCAAGACACCGUCUUCUUACCGCUCAAAGUUGCAUUCAAGUCAAAUCUGACAGCAUCACUACGUGCUCUACGUUCAGCCGCUCGGUCAUUAUCAUCAUUCACAGCCUCCUCAGUACCACCUGAGGAUCUACUUACUCGAUCUAUUCUUACCAUUGACCCUCGCGUACCUUUUACGGACGAACGUCGACCACCGGUGCUGGAAGAAGAACCUAGCGAGGCCAUGCGCCGUUACCUUAAUCCUACAGACAGUGCAAGAAUUGACACGCAAACCAAGACCGUGCCCAACACACGAAGUUUCACAGCAUCAAUUCAAAUGCAAACCUACAAGGUGCAGCGGUCAAAGAGUGCUCCGUCUACAGCAAAACGUGCGGUUGCUCCACCACCACCAGCAUCACCAAAGGUUUCUGCACCUCUCACCUUCCCACCAGGACCCAGGCAACGUGAGAUACGGGAGAAUUCGGAUUUCAUUCGCAUUGCAGUCUUGGAACACCUCAUGCGCAAGCGCGGCAAGUUCGACACCUCCCAAGAAGGCCACGCGCGGUGGUUGCUGCCCCCACGCAAAGCGAGUUCUAAACCUUACGAAAUCGGCUCCGAUGGUGUUCCCGCCCGAUGGGUAUCAAUCAUGCAAGAUGUGUGA